AUGCCCCUCCCGGGGUCCACGGCAGACCUCGACCUCGCAUACCCGCCCAGCCCACGAAGCGUACCGCUGGGCAUCCGAGCCGCGACGGCCAACAACCUGAUCGCCAGCUUCGACCAGCCGCACGACCCCGAGCAGAAGUGGUGGUGGUCGCGGUGCGCACCGCUCUUCUACACCAUCCUCAACGCGUCUGGCUCGUACACCCCCGAGCAGAUGGCCGAGCACAUGCGGGUGGUGCGCGACGUCGUCAUCCCCAGCCUGGGUCCGCGACCCAGCAAGGCCGCCGCCAAGGGGCUCAUAACGCUGGACGGCACGCCGUUCGAGCCGAGCUGGAACUUCACGAGGGGGCGGAGCGUGGUGCGGUACGCCUUUGAGCCGCUGUGGGACACGGGAAGCAACCCCGAGGAGCCGUUUGGCGGGCGGCAGGUGCCCGAGUUCGCGCGGGUGCUCAGCCGAGUGGCGGCGCCCGACACGCACCUGGGCUGGUUCGACCAGAUCUGGGCGCGGUGGAACGUGGCGGGCGACGAGGCGGCGCGGGCCAAGCGGGCGCUGAUUGCGCACGGCAAGCCGGCGUCGGCGCGGGUGCCGCAGCUGUUCCUGGCGUUUGACCACCACGGAGCGGAGCGGCGGCUCAAGAGCUACCACUUCCCCAUCCUCAAGCACCUCGCCACCGGCGUGAGCACCGAGAAGCUGGUGCUCGACAUGAUGACGGACCUGCGGCCGGGCGGCGACGAGCUGCGCGCGGCGGCGGCCAAGAUGAAGACGUUUUUCGACCGGACCAAGUAUCCGGCGGCGGCCGAGAUGCUGAGCAUCGACUGCGUGGACCCGCGGACGGCGCGGGUCAAGAUCUACGCGCGCACGCAGAGCAACUCGCUGGACACGGUGCGCGAGACCAUGACGCUGGCGGGGCUGCAGACGGACGAGCAAACGAUGGAGGGGGUGGCGCGGGUGGCCAAGUUUUGGCACCUGCUGCUGGACGAGCGCGGCGGCAUGGAGCGCGGCCAGAACAAGGAGCUGCGGGUCAAGGCGACGCACCACACGGGCAUCUGCUUCGUGUUUGAGAUCCGGCCGGGCAGCGAUCGCGUCAGCGUCAAGCCGCAAAUGCCGUGGUGUCAGACCAACGGGACCGACGCCAGGGGUGCCGAGAACUUUGCCGCCGUGCUCAAGAUGUUUGGGUGGGAGGACCACGUGGAUCGGUUCGAAAAGGGCGUCAUGGCUGCUGCUUCUCUGUAA